AUGGCCCCUAACAUGAGCUCGGCGCUGGUUAGCCUGAGUCUGGCUGCGAUGCUUGGGCUGACUUCUCUGGGUGGAUUGGGAGAGCAGUCAAGGGGGGCACUGGCACAGGCCAUGCCGAAUAACCAAACUGAGAGCUCGCGUCUCACAGACGCAGCCCUGCCCACCCCCAUAGCAGAUACUGAGGACCAGACAGCUCCCACCAGCACCAACCGCUGCUGGGGCUAUUACGACGUCAUGGGCCAAUGGGACCCUCCAUUCAACUGUAACUCAGGCAUCUACAGCUUCUGCUGUGGCUCCUGCUUCUACCGCUUCUGCUGCCAAUUCAAAGUGCACAGCCUCGACCAGACAUCCUGCUCCAACUACGACACCCCGGUGUGGGCCAACACAGGCCGCCCCGCCCCACCUGUCACGGAGGUGCAGGAGGAGCCGUACCGCGACCGCACACACAUGAUCGUCUACAUCAUCUGUGGAGUGGUGGCCAUCAUGGUUCUGGUGGGAAUAUUCACCAAGCUGGGCCUAGAGAAGAGCCAGGGAGGACAGACGGACAUGACCAACUCCAGGUAA